AUGGCUCCAUAUAAUCAACAGAGUGAGGAGGACAAAAAUAUUAGUACUACUACUCCUCCUGAUGUUGCUGCACAAAGCAAACCAAAUCUGAAAAAGAUUCAAAUGAUGUCUAAAACAAUAGGUGAAGAUAAUAUUCAAAGCAUAAAAACUUAUGUUACUGAAUUAAAAGAACGUGUGUCAAAGUUACAAUACCAAAAACAGCUACUUGUCUGCCAGGCAUUCGAGGUAGAGGAAGCAAACGAUGGUGGUGGUGGUGGGGCCUCUGAUGAGACGGAUUUUGUGGAGGAAAUGGAAUAUCCUAUCAUGCCACGUCACCUUGUGUUAUGUCAGGUACCUAUGGAACAAGCUUGUACUCCUCGAAUAAUAGUAUUGCAAUAAAACUACUUUUGUCAAACACAUAUAUGUACACUACACUAACGGCACACCUGUUGGAUUAGGGUCUGAUACGUGUUCUACAGGUGUAUAAUCGUACUGCCAUCCCACUGGAUUCAUCCCCGUUGCUUUCUUUCUUUUUACAUUUGGCAAUGUCGGCUAUCUACGUGUCAUUUCCUACAAAAUAUCCGUUUGUGAUAAUAAUUUAAAAAUAAAAUAAAAAUAAAA